GACAAGAUCGGGAGCCAGCAGCCAGUGUAAAACGAACGCACACGGUGCCGGGUCGCUAGAAUCUCGGUGAUUCGGUGAUUAUUCCCCCAAUAUAAUGAGAGAGCGGAAGACGGAAAAUCGCAGUCGACAGUUUUCUGAGUAGGCGAGCCGAAAAAUCGGUGCCAGAACGGAGAACACGGAAUAUCCGAAAAUCUGAAUAAAGUAAAGAACACUUAAGGCACCCAAGUAACCCGAUCGUCGAUCGUCGCUUUUCUGGAAUCGAGUGAACCGUAAAGCGUCUGGAAGUUAAUCGUCCGUGGAGCGACGAUCCCUUUACCAAUAUCUCAUCAUGGACUUCAUCGCCAACAUCAUAAAACGCCCCCUAAGCGUGGCCGGCAGUGGUUCUCAUGCAGCUGCCAUGGAAGCGACACAGGCCCCCACUGAUGUUGCCCCGAGAGCAGGAGGUGCUCCGCUAAUGUCCACCGAUCUGGGUGCAUUACUCGAUUCGGCAUCCGAAGAUCUGCUGUUCCUGGAGGAGCAGCACAGCAACCUUUUGAUGGAACCUCUUGCCAUCCCGAUGACCAGUCCCCAUAUUACACCGCCCACCAGCGGCCGGGAGAGCAUCCAGAAAUUACUGAGUGAGAUUAACGUGAACCUGAACCAAGUCAGUGCCAAUGAAAUGGAGCACUUGCAGGCGAUGAGCGGCGAGUUGAAUCCACUGGCGGUUAAGGCCAGCCCCAAGCCAGUGAGCACAGAUCAACAGAAAGCUCUGGCAGCAGCAGCAGCAGCAGCCACUGGUGGCCUCAAGCUGGACGUAGACGCUGCUCCGAAAUUCGGGGGUCUUCCAGAGUUUGACGAGACGCAAAUUCCGGAACUGGCACCCCUUAGUGCCGAAAUGGAUGCUCAUCUUAAAUCUGACCACUCGAGCUCUGAUGUCUUUGUCGAGUGCCUGUCGUUGCACGCCGAAAGAUAUUCCGGAGAUCGGUCGGAUCUGGAGGCCUAUUCCAGCGCACUCAACGACGUGCUGGAGCAGCAGAUGUCCACUGCCUCUGCGGUCACAUUGGAGAACACCUUCGACGAUCCCCUGGCAGUAAGUCAGCACGACGUUAGCUACGAGCCCAUGGAUGUGGAUGAGGUUAACGAGACUAUGGAGAUGCUUAAGAACGUCCUGGACCCAGAGGAUCAUCAACUGUUGCAGCAGCAGUUCCUCGUUAAUCGUCCUUCUAUAGCCGAAGUUAAUCCUGUCUUAGAGAUUCAAUCGGCAAGGGACGAAGCUGAAAUGGUAAAGGAAGAACACAACACAGAGAUCCCGCAAAUACCUCAAGAAACGGACAGUAAGGAGGAUGUAUUAGAUGAGAUGCUACCUAGGGCUGAGAUGAAUUCUCUAAAGGAAGAUGAAGUGUCGCCACAAUUACCGGAACAUCAGGACCACGAAGAGCCACAAGAUCUAAAGGAACUCCCUGAAGAAGGGCUUAUGUUGCAAUCCUUGAAAACACAGGAUAUUCUGGAGGAUCUACCAGAAAAUACGGAGCUUGAACAUGAAAUCGAAAAGGAAGCAUCCGUUCAUGAGCAACCUGAACCCCUUGAGCUUCAGAUAACAAUUCCCAAUGAACUAGAAUCAGUUCAAAUUGAACCUGAAUCCUCCGAGCCUCAAGGAAUACCAAUUGCCUCUAUGCCUGUGUCCCCGCCCAUACCCACGCAUCGUCCAAAGACAGCCGAAGAAUUGGAGUUCUUGGCCCUCAAAGAACUGCCCCUGCCGGACGACGAAGCUUUCAAUGAAACACCCAAGAUCGAUUCCCCGAAGCAGCAAGAAGAAAUACAAAAAGUUGAGCCUUCUUAUUGCGUACCCGUGGUGGAGGUCACACCUACACCGCAACGAUCCCCGGAGUCGGGUAGUAGUAUGUCUGCUUUCCGGAGUCGCUGCUCUGGACCACCUUCUCCCACUUUCCCCAUAAAAGAACCCUCGGAGCUACCCUCCCACUUCCCUCACUCGCCGCGUGCUCCGCCCGAAAGUGAAGAAAUGCCGUAUCUGGAGGAGGCCGUUGUGGAACCAUCGGCUGAUCGGAAGCAAAGCGUUUGCAUAGCUGGAGUCAUUGCCCGGUCACCAGUUUGCAUCGAAAUAACGCAGCCCAGCCCUGAGAAGAAGGAGCACCUCAAUGAGACCCUGCCCAUGAACGAGGUGGUAUCACCUGCUGCACUGAACGGCACCUUCGACAGCGGUAGUCGAGUGGAUAAUCCUGAGGAGGCUGCUCCGCUUCAAGCUUCAGCCACAUUUGCCGUACCCUUGGGCUCUGCCGACGAACAACAGCGACGAACUUUUUCUGUCGUCAACUCCACAGAAGACCCAGAAGAGGCCAAGUCCCGGAGGACUUUUUCCUUGGAUCCCAAUCCCGAAUUGCAGCGACGCACUUUUUCCGUGGAGCAACAUGCCUCGCCAGCGCUGGAGGCGACUGAGGAAAACAUCGUUGCGGAUGAUUUUGAGCCCAUGGACGUGGACACAUCCAUGCGAGUGGCGGACAUAACGGUGGACCGGCCACCGGUUUCAACAUCGCCACCAAUUCCCACACAUCAGACCCUGAAACGAGCGCCCAUUCAUACAGAAACUCAUUCGCCGUCGUCGCCACCGCCGCUGGGCAAUGCUACAGUUGUCCUGGAGGAGCAGGCCUUGUCCGCCAAGGAGCAAGCCACCCUCAGUGCCAGCGACGAAAAAGACGAUGUUUUUGUGGAGCACUUUGGCGCCAUAUCGCCCGUCUCGGACGACAUGUUUAAGACGCCCCAGUUCACCAGCAGCGGAUUCCAGAACCAGGCCAGAAUGAAGGCGAAUGCCGUGGAGGCAGCAGCCGCCGGAUUUGAGGCACCGACGAGCCGGAACAGGGAUGCCAUCGUUUGUGAUGACGAGCAUUUCUACGAUGCGGAGUUCCAGGAUAGCGUCACCAACCAGAACUUAAUACUGAACUCAUCAGAUUUUGAUUAUUUGUACACCAAAGGCAGCAAUAAUGCGCCCAUCGAUCGCAGCUCCUUGCUUUUAAAGUUCGAUCCGCUCCUUGGAGCCCCCGUGCCAGUAAAUCAUCCACAGCAGCAGGAGCAGACUCUGCAGAAUAUACUGGGAUCUAAUCCCAACCAGGCCCAAAACAGACCGCUCAGUCCCACAUUGGAGGAGCACGAGACAAGUGGCGGGAAUCAAUCGUUCGGAGUUUUAGCCAGUGCCAAAGAUACAGCCAAGAAAUUGGACUUUAAGCCCCCAGUGGAUAGGACAAAAAAGCAUGCUAAAAUGAGUGUGGACGUCAUUGACAACGACUGUAACAAAACCUUCGAUAAUUCCAACCUUAAUUCGGAGGACAAGUCCCACACCUACAACAACAUGGAUGAAUUGGAGAAGAAGAUUAAAAAUGAAGUUACCCGAUCAGAGGAUAUUGAGAAGAAACUUAAGGAGGCCGAGCAAAGGGAGGAAGCACUCAUCAAACGUAUCACGGAAAAGGACAAAACAAAUGCUAAACUUAACGGCGUUAUUGAAGCCUACGAAAAGGCCAUUGCGGAGUUAAUCAGCGAGAAGGAACAGUUGGCACAGGGCUAUGAACGGCAACUGCAGGAAGUACAGACAGAUCGGGACGACAACUACCAUCACUUAACGUCGCUGGAAUCGACAUUCUCAGAUCUGCAUGUGAAAUACGAGAAAAGCAAACAGAUGACCUCGCAGCUGAAAACCAAUGAGGAGGCUCUGCUGGGUGAGAAAAAGCAGCUGAUGGACAAUCUGCGGUUGCAGGAGCAGCGGUACGACAAGAUGAAGAGCCAUGCCAUGCAGCAGCUAGAAAUUGCCAACAAAAAGCUGGACACAUAUUCAAGAGAACAUGCGGACGAGGUGAAGAAACUGAAAGCUUUACUCAAAAAGGAGGAGGUAUCGCGGGUCUCAAUGACGGAGCAGCUGCAGCAGAAGUCGCGCGAGAACGCCGAUCUGCUGAAGAUCUGCGAGGAGCUCAUCUAUGGCAAGGGACAAGGUGGUAGUAGUUAAACUCUUUCUCGCGGAUCGCCCGGAAUGUAUUUUAUACGUUGCUGUAAAGCGCACACACACACACUCUCAUCUCUACACCCUCUCAUCCGGCAUCUGGCAUGUGGAAAGCAUCUAGCAGCAUGCCGUAGAUUUGUAACUCGCGUCUAUAUCGUCAUUUUCAUCAGAACCAUAGUGUAAUAACUGCUCUUUUGUGUGCUCGUCACUGAUUAUGAAAAUGCAUAUGCGUAGUUAUACCAUUUCGCAAACCCAAAAUCUAAUUUUGAAUUUAAAAAAGCGGUAACUCUUCUCAUCUAACGAUCGACAUACAUAUUAUACUAUUUCUAGAUUUUUAGUUUAUCCCGAAAAACACUCACUCACACAAGAUACACACCCACGCGGAGCGAAUAGCUCCGGGGCAGGCCCAUUGAGUUCCGUUUGAGUUCCACACGCCUUACGGGUCAGGUGCCCGAAAUAUGUUACUAAUUCUCUAUCGUAUCGAAUCUGCUACACUGAUUAUGUUCUAUGAUAUUACCCCGUCGGCGAGCUGUGGCUGUGGCACGGGAAUGGUUUUGUCCCUUUUGUGGCUAAGCAAAUGGCUAGCAAAUCAUUCAAAAGUGUGCAAAUGCAGCAAAAUCCAACAAUAAAUGAAAAUUGAAAUAACAGCGUCCGUUUGUGGCGGCGCAACUUUAUUAAAUGUUUAAGUUUAAAUUUAGUUUAAUUUAAUUGAAGAAUUGUAAUAGUCUACUAAGCUUAACUCUGUAUUACAUACUAGUACUAAAACAAGGAAGCGUAAAAAGAAAAUCAUUCAAAAAUACACGCAAACAAAUUAUUUAUGCAUAAAAAUCCACAUA